UCCGAUAAAUUCUCUAGGAGGAGUUUGUUAAAGUACGGAGCCUGACUUCCUGUUAGGUUUAGGGUAGGGCUCCAAGAGGCUUUUUUAAAAGUCUUUGAGAUGAUACAUCUGCCUCCCAAAUUUUGUACAUCGAGGUGAAACGUACCGUGGGGGCUGCUUUGUUGAGGUUUUGUAGGGGGUGCUAUUAAGCCAUUUUGCCACAUCCAAGCCCCAGACUAUACCAGAAAACAAAACACAAUCCUUCUGACGUGUGUGCCAAGUUUCGUGAGUUUUCAACUAUCCCUAAAUUGGACUCAAAUUAAAGUAUUUACCAGUUCAAGUCUGUGCACAAAGUUUUGUGACUUUUUUAGCAUCCUAAAAGCCUGUAGAGCAGCACAGAGAAAAUUCUUUUAAUAACUUUAGAUCAUGAGGGUUCAUAGAUUCUAUACGCAAAGUGUAGUGCAGAUCGGACUAACUGUCUAGGAGGAGUUCAGAAAACUGUGUUCACGUAUUUCAUGAUUUUGCAGAAAAAAAUUAUAGGCGGAAAUGGGUGUGGCCUAUUGUCAGAGAGCCAACACAGACACCACCAGCUCCACCCAUUGCAAUCAGCAGAUCGCACUCACCUGAGUAUUGAUUACACACCUGCCACUAAUCAUCUACUCCACACUAUAUAGUCUCACUCCCCCGGUUCACUCACUGUCUGGUCUCAAACCUCUUACGAGAACUCAACCCGAGCACAGCUUCUAUUGACAACCCCUUUGGACUUCUCCUUUGUGUGUAUCGUCAGCUCCCGGCUUUCCUGCCACCCGUCUCCUCCAGUGGAUCUUACUACCAGCGCUACAUCAAGAUAAGACCCAUAGACUUUACUAGCUUAGCUCCUGUCAUUGCUUUUCUCUGUCUGCCUGUUUCAAUAAACUCCCUCGUCUCAGUACUAACCUCUGUGUCCCGUGUCUGUCUGCUGACAGAAAACCAGACCUUUAAACCAUCUGGAGAUGGAUUCUCCGCUUCCCCCACGGAGAAUCCAUACGAAGGAUUGGUCAGCGCCUUUCGUGCGGCUCUGUCUUCGGAUCCUCAACCCCAAUCUGCCUCUGCCAGUCCCAUGGCCCUUCCUCCCAGCUAUUCGGAACCCGAGGAGCUACCCCUAACUCCUCCUCCAGAUGUGAUCGAGGAACCCCUAAUCUACCGGGUGGAGGCCAUUAUGGAUUCCAGGCGACGGGGCGGCCGGCUAGAGUACUUGGUGGACUGGGAAGGAUACGGGCCCGAAGAAAGAUCUUGGGUUCCACGAGACGACAUCCUCAACCCGGCGUUACUGACGGACUUUCACAGGGCUCAUCCGGAUCGUCCUGCACCCAGAGGCCGAGGCCGACCCCGUCGCCGUCAGCGGGCGUCAGGAGCCGCCCCUGGAGGAGGGGGUACUGUCAGAGAGCCAACACAGACACCACCAGCUCCACCCAUUGCAAUCAGCAGAUCACACUCACCUGAGUAUUGAUUACACACCUGCCACUAAUCAUCUACUCCACACUAUAUAGUCUCACUGCCCCGGUUCACUCACUGUCUGGUCUCAAACCUCUUACAAGAACUCAACCCGAGCACAGCUUCUAUUGACAACCCCUUUGGACUUUGGACUUCUCCGUUGUGUGUAUCGUCAGCUCCCGGCUUUCCUGCCACCAGUCUCCUCCAGUGGAUCUCACUACCAGCGCUACAUCAAGAUAAGACCCAUAGACUUUACUAGCU